AUGGAGUCUUCUUUGGCAAGUGAUGAGAAGGAUGACAACCAUCCUGCUAGAAAAGAAAUUGCCUCUGACCAGACGAUGGAGGAAGCCCCGUCCUCAAAUGAACAAUCAGCAAUAGACUCCACGCCUCCUGAUGCCUCAGCAGUAACAGCAUCAGUAGAGCUGGAAUCAGAAACGGCGGUAGCAGAAGCGACACCAGAAGCGUCAAAUGCCACCGAUGACAAUAUACCAGAGGAUAAUGAGCACACGAAUGGGAAAAGUGACGACCAAGACUCCAAGCGGAAACGCGACGAAAGCGAGGCAGAUAUCUCCGAAAAAGAGCCCAAGCGAAUGCGAAAAUCGGAGUCAGCGGAAGUGGUUAAUGCCAAGGAAGAAUCCGAUCCUGUAUCGGAAACCAUUACAGAAGAUCCAGAAAAUACCUCCACCUUGCCAGAAACAACACAAUCUGCUGCUCCUGAUGCUACCGACCCCGCUGCAUGUAGUGAAGCGAACGGAGAUGGAAAUGAGAAGUUGCCUUCCAAAACAAAAGAGCAAUCCACUGACCGGAAGAAGCUCCGAAAUCAAAAACGAUGGCGAGCCCAUCAAGUGGCAGAAGACUACGUGGAACUCGCAUCCAACAUGAUGCUAAAUCCAAUUCACCUGGGACCCUACGGAUACGAUGACAAGACCACUGUGGAACAUCAGAGCAAUGGAGAAAGCGUCGCUGCCCAACCGCGAAAAUACCCUCUAGAACUCAUAUCUUCCCUGGGGUUUCUAAAGAGCCCCUUGCGACGGCCUACUGUUAUUGAAAAGUGGUCUCCCUACGAAAUAUCACUCUUUGAAGCUGGGAUGGGCCACUACGGGAAGGAAUUCCAUGAAAUACAAAAACUCAUACAAACAAAAUCAACAAAGGAAUGCAUAGACUUCUACUACAUUUGGAAAAAGACGUCGCACUACAAGGCGUGGAAAGAGUCCUAUGUACAACCCAUGGAACUUGUGGCAGAAGAAGAAUACGGGACAACACCUGUCAAAAAGACUGGUCGGUAA